AUGGGCAAGAUCACUUUCUACGAGGACCGAAACUUCCAGGGCCGUUACUAUGACUGCAGCAGUGACCACCCCAAUCUCCAGUCCUACUUCAGUCGCUGCAACUCUGUGAGGGUUGAUAGCGGCAACUGGAUGAUCUAUGAGCAUCCCAAUUACUCAGGCUGCCAGUAUUACCUUCGAAGGGGCGAAUAUCGUGACUACCAGGAUUGGAUGGGCUUCAAUGACUCCAUCAGGUCCUGCCGAUUCAUCCCUCAUACUCGCUCACAUAGGCUUCGGAUGUAUGAGAGAGAAGAUUACAGAGGCCAGAUGGUGGAGAUCACUGAUGACUGCUCUUCUUUCCAAGAUCGAUUCCACUUUCAGGAGAUGCACUCCUUUAACGUCCUGGAAGGCUGCUGGAUUCUCUAUGAGCUGCCCAACUACAGAGGAAGACAGUACUUGCUGAGACCGGGGGAGUACAGGAGAUACCUGGACUGGGGAGCCAUGAACACCAGAGUGGGCUCUGUGAGGAGAGUGAUGGACUAUUUCUAA